CAGGAAUUGAAUUGUCAUCGGGCUAGCGGCUGACGCCAUACCGUAGCGUUCAGGGCCCCAAUACCCGCGGCUUUUUUUGCCUCCGAGCAACCACCAUCAAUCCCGGCUGCGUAGAUUAUCCUCCACUGGCCAGUCAUUGCGGGUUGUCCCUUGUGAUAAGUUAGCAACUGAUAAGAGCCAGACACUAAACAUGCCUUAUGGGGAGAGGUGCAGGCACGAGGGACAAGGGACGACCGAGCGACCUCUGGCGGGGUUCGAACGGAGGCACGAUAAGGGCCGCAGGGAAGGAUGGGAGUUGGCCGGAACUCCUACCGAGCUCCUGCAGCCUACCUAAGCUCGCCAUCCCUCCUAAUCAAAGGCUCACGCUCCCCGCACUGGUUGGCCUUACCGAUGUUACACCAAUCGAAUCUGUGCCAUGGCCGAUGGGGGUUCCUGUCGACCUGCAAGCGCAUCCGGGCCACCUGCUUGACAGCAUCGGAGGGAGAGAUUGGAGGAGAGAGCGUGGAUUGCCUCCCUCCCUUGCCUCCGCCACUGGCGCGAGGGGCCGGCAAACCCCGCCCGACAUGGCUUUGGCCUUGCUGCGACCCGGUCAUGCGUGCUGCAUCCCGGAGGGAUUGCUACACCAUCACACCACCUCGCGACCAUGUAUCCAUUCGGAUGGACUCUGACGCCAUCUAA